AUGGAAAGAGAUAUUGUUCCUUUAGGUGUAAGAAAGGGUGCAUGGACAGCAGAAGAAGAUACUAUCCUAAGUGGCUAUAUCCUCAAGCAUGGAGAAGGAAAUUGGCACUUAAUCCCAAAAAAUGCAGGGUUAAACAGAUGUAGAAAAAGUUGCAGACUAAGAUGGUUAAACUAUUUGAGCCCACAUAUCAAGAGAGGAGCCUUUGCAUAUGAUGAGAUCGAUCUUAUCAUUAGGCUUCAUAAUCUAUUGGGCAACAGAUGGUCAUUAAUUGCUGGUAGAAUUCCGGGAAGAACUGCAAAUGACGUGAAGAAUUUUUGGAAUAGUCGUUUGAAAAAGAUUACAAGAGUCAAUUCUAUUGUCGAGCGAGCCAAUAAUUCAGAUACUCCGAACAAAGUUGAAGUCAUUAGACCUCGAACUCACACCUUCUCAAAAAGCCUAAUUUUCGUCAAAGAUAAAUAUGUUGUCCCAAAAACCCAUGACAACAUGAUUGACAACAUGGAGUGCAAUCAAGGAAAUGUACCAAUACAAGAACCUGUAUACAAGGAAAUGGAGAAGAAUAUCCCAAUUCAAAAUGACAUAUCCAAUGAAGAAGGAGUUGAUCAUAUGUGGAAGCAAUACCCAUGUUUGGUUGCAGAGAAGGAACAAGAAGAUGUCACUCUCUUUGACCCAAGCACUGAUUGGGGUGACAUUUCUUUGGAAAACAUCAAUAUCUGGAGCCUCCUAGAAGAUUAA